AUGCUGUGCUACAUCUCUGUCGUCUUUGCCCAAUGUCGUGAGGAUCAACGAUCAUUGCUGCUGGAACUGAAGAACAACCUUAAAUUUGAACAUGAAAGUUCGAGCAAGCUAAAGUGGUGGAAUCAAAGCACUGCUUGUUGUGAGUGGAGGGGUGUAACCUGUGAUGAGGAGAGACAUGUUAUUAUUGGUCUUGAUCUGAGUGGGGAGUCAAUCUCUGGUGGAUUUGACAAUUCAAGUAGCCUUUUCAGUCUCCAACAUCUCCAGCAUUUGAAUUUGGCUAACAAUUACUUCAAUUCAGAGAUUCCACCCUCAUUCAAUAAGUUACAGAAUUUAACUUAUCUGAAUUUGGCAUAUGCUGGCUUUGUGGGGCAGAUUCCAAUAGAGAUCUCUCAACUCACAAGGUUGGUUACUCUUGAUCUCUCAGCAGGAGAAUUAAUGAAACUAGAAAACCCAAGUCUAGGAAAGAUAGUCCAAAACCUGACAAAGAUAAAACAACUUUAUCUGGAUGGUGUGAUUAUAUCAGCUCAUGGACAAAAAUGGCAUGCUGCAUUGUUGCAAAUUCCAUCUCUGCAAGAACUGAGCAUGAUUGACUGUAACCUCUCGGGGCCCCUUCACUCUUCUCUAACAACACUUGAGAAUCUCUCAGCCAUUCAUCUUGAUGAUAACUACUUAUCAUCUACAGUGCCAGAAACUUUUGCAAAUUUCAGAAACCUGACAACCUUGAGUCUUGCUGGUUGUGAAUUGAUUGGAAUGUUUCCACAAAAUAUCUUCCAAAUCCCAACAUUAUCCUUUAUUGAUGUAUCAUAUAACACUGAUCUUCAUGGGUUCUUCCCAUAUUUCCCACUGAAUGGAUCUCUCCAGACCUUGAUAGUUGGUUACACAAGUUUCUCUGGUCCACUUCCAAAUUCCAUUGGCAAUUUGAAACACUUGUCCACUCUAGACCUUUAUUCAUCUCAAUUUAAUGGAACACUGCCUGACUCAUUAUCAAAUCUCACCCAACUUGUUGAUAUAGAUCUGUCAGGGAAUAGCUUUGCUGGCUCAAUUUCAUCCUUAGGUAUGUGCCAAAAUCUCCAAAGUGUUUUCCUCUUUGAUAACUCUUUCACUGGAAUGAUUCCCUCCUCUAUAUUCAUGUUCCCAUCACUGAGAUAUGUAGCACUUUCCAAUAAUGAAUUUGAAGGUCAACUAAAAGAUUUCAUAAAUGCCUCCUCUGGAGUACAAUCGCUUCAUUUGAGUGGCAAUCAUUUAGAAGGGCCUAUUCCCGAUUCUCUGUUUCAACUCAAAAAUCUUCAAGAUCUUGUACUCUCUUUCAACAAGUUUAGCGACACCAUAGAGCUCAAUAUGCUUAGCAUGCUAAGAAACCUUACUACACUUGACAUUUCAUACAACAACUUGACAAUAAUUGAUACAUCCACCCCACUGUUUCCAUCACCAUUAUUUCCACAAUUGAAACGGGUAAGUUUGGCUUCUUGCAAGUUGACAACAUUUCCACGAUUCUUGAAAAACCAUUCACUAACAGUCAUUGACCUUUCAAAUAACCAUAUUUCUGGCACUAUACCACAAUGGAUUUGGAAUAAUAUUUUUAUAGAUCACAUAAAUCUUUCCCACAACUACCUGACUGACUGGGAAGAACCUGCUUUGAACAAUCUGUCUUAUUUAUCCAUACUUGAUUUUCAUUCCAACCUUCUCCAAGGACCACUUCCAACUCUACCACAAUCAUUAAUUUAUUUAGAUUUUUCAAAUAACAAUUUGAGCUCUAUCAUCCCAACAAAAAUUGGUCAAUUUCUUAUCAACACUAUGUUUCUCCUUUUCGCAAACAAUAAUUUGCACGGCAAUAUCCCAGAAUCCAUAUGCAAUGCUUCAAAUCUUCAAGUGUUGGACCUCUCACUUAAUUCUUUGACUGGAACAAUUCCGAAAUGCUUGAUUGCAAUGAAUGGAAGUCUUAGCAUACUAGAUUUAGGGAGGAACAAACUAAAUGGCACCAUUGAUACUUUUCCUGGCUUGUGUUACUUGAGAACACUCCAUUUAAAUGGAAAUUCUAUACAAGGAAAGCUUCCAAAAUAUCUGGCUAAUUGUGCCACCUUGGAGAUUUUAGACAUUGGAGACAACCAGAUACACGAUCAGUUCCCCUGUUGGUUGAAGGACAUAUCCACCUUACGUGUUCUUAUUUUGCGGUCCAACAAUUUGCAUGGCAACCUCAAAUGUGUUGGAACCAAGGUAGCAUGGCCACAACUUCAGAUUUUUGACCUUGCAUACAACAAUUUUGGUGGUAAAAUUCCAUUGUCAUUCUUUGAAACUUCGAAAGCAAUGAUAGCUGAUGAAAAUUAUGGGAGCAAGUCCAAGCUAGGUCAUCUUCAAUUUCAACUCCUAAAAUAUGAUCAAGUUUAUUACCAAGACAGGGUGACAGUCACAAGCAAAGAGCGAAAAAUGGACUUAGUAAAGAUCCUAACCAUCUUCACUGCCAUUGACUUGUCAUGCAACAAAUUUGAGGGACUAAUACCAGAAAGUCUUGGACAGCUAAAUGCUCUCUACAUACUUAAUCUAUCUCACAAUGCUUUCUCAGGCCAAAUCCCAUCCUCUUUUGGAAAUCUGAAAGAUCUUGAAUCCUUGGACUUGUCAUACAACAAUUUGAGUGGCAAAAUUCCCACACAAAUAGCAAAGUUAUCUUUUCUUUCAUUCUUGAACCUAUCAUGUAAUUAUCUCAUGGGGAGAAUACCAACAGGUACCCAAAUUCAGUCUUUUCUAGCUGACUCAUUCAAAGGCAAUGAUGGGUUGUGUGGACCACCAUUGACCCCAAAUUGUGGUGGUGAUAGAGAGCAAGGGACUCCAGCUUCAACUUCCAAUGUUGAUACAAAGAAUUCCAUUAAUUGGAAUUUUAUAUCAGUUGAACUAGGAUUCACUUUUGGAAUUGGAAUUGUUGUUUUGCCUCUUAUACUCUAUAAAUCUUGGAGGAAAAGGUACUGGAAAUGUGUAGAUGACGUACUUUAUCACUCCAUACCUCAUCUAGAAUUUGCAUAUGAAAGACAUGGAGAGCAGAGUUACAGAUCUCUAAGGCGGAUGGCAUACUCAAGGUAA